AUGCCGGGAACGAGCCCAAAUCCAGCUCUUGAUGGAGAGUCAAGAGUCACCGAGAUCAUCGCCAUCUUAUCUGUGACAACAACGCUGUCGACCCUUAUUGUUGUCUUAAGAUGUUAUACUCGAGCUUUCAUCCUCAAAAGUUUCGGCCCGGAUGACGUGGUUAUGGUGCCGGCACAGGCAUUGACAAUUGCUGCUGCGGUCGCCAUCGGACUCGAGACGAAGUAUGGUCUUGGUCGCCAUUACUGGACGGUGCCAGAUGAGCAUUAUAUCCCCUACAUGAAGGCCUUCUACAGCUCGAUCAUUGUCUACAAUAUCGCCGUUUGCCUGACUAAGAUAUCCAUACUGCUAUUGUAUCGGCGUGUAUUUUCGAAUACUACUCUGAACAAAAUCCUUCUCGUCGGUCUCAUGUUUUUGUCGGCAUGGGGGAUCACCCUCUGCUUUCUGCUUCCGCUUGUCUGCGUACCUGUCUCGGCUUUCUGGGACCCGACUCACAACACGGGGCACUGCCUUAACAGCCAAACCAUCUGGCAGAAGCUCUUGCUACUGUGCGUCUUCACAAUGGGAGUUUUUCCAUGUGCCGUAGCCAUAUACCGCAUACACACUCUCUACGACCUUUCCCAGUCCUCAGACGACCCAACGUGGGAUAACGUCGACGCCGCGACCUUCUCUAUGCUUGAACUGACUGUUGGCAUCAUGGCGACCUGCUUACCAACCAUCCGACCCAUACUGAUUCGUGCGCUCCCCAAAAUCUUUGCCAGCAACGGUAGUCUGAACGUUCUCCCUUCCAGUCAUGGCAAUAAUGGGCGCUCCGGGGUCGCAAACUCGCGAUUUAGCCGUCGCGAUGCUCGAACAGGAUUUAAAGGUCUACACAGCAACCCAUCUAGGUCACCAUCACGUCCUCCAUCUCCCUAUAAGCUCAAUUCGGACGGAGGCAGAGAUAGCGCUAGCAACGGCCGUUUGGGUUUGCACUCCUCUAUCAGCAACGAAGCCUUACACAGCUACCACGACAGUCGUAAGGCAGAUGACCUUGGUCCCCUGUCGAUCUUUCCCCGAAACCUCAGGGAGUCCGAUCAUGAUAUCGAAAUGGUUGGGGAGCUAAAGGCUGCACCUGUUUCAAGCGUAGAUCGGCUCUAUAGUGUAAGCGUGGUUGGAGGCUACGAGUUGCGGGAUGCUAAAAAGCAGAACAAAAAACAUGAUCAAGAACUCAACCCAGCCCUCAGGGGUAUCACGACGACAACGAUAGUUACACAGCACAUCAGUUUUACCGGAGAAAGUCUGGAAGACAUUGGAAUUGAUUACCCUAUGGGUACUCGUCAGCGCCCCGUACUAAAGCGUGUUUUAAGCACCUGA